GUGAGGAGGCGGCACGCGCGCGCCGUCGACCACGCCCAUGCCGAAAUCUGCCUCUGUGGGCUGUGGCUGCCGGACGAGCAAGCGCCACGCGCGCGCCGUGCCUGCCAUGAGCCGUCAGUCCGCAGUCCGCAGUCCGCAGCCACACUUUUGCUAAACCCUAGUAAAUAUACGAUACGAAGCGCAAACGCUUGCCUCAUCCUCGAAUUCGCCAUGGCGAUGCCCACCACCUCGUCUGCUUCCCCAUGCCAGGCACCGUCGCCCGCCGGGCUGCCCAUUUCCCCUGGCGCCCGCGCUACCAUCCUCUCAUUCAGCCGCCGCCUCCGCCGCUCCCGUGGCGCCAUCAUUUCUGCGCCCACUGGUUGUCUGUUUCUUGGUCUUCCCAAGUCGUGCUGUUCUAUCGCAGCCUUUGGUGAAGUGGCAGCGGUUUCUGAUGAUUAUGUAGAAAGCUCGCCCUCAAGCAGUGGAUAUCUGAAUAGUACUAUGGAUGCUUCAUCUCAUGAAGAUAAUCAAUCAGAAAGGGUUGCUAAAAUGAACCAAAACUCCAGAGACAAUAACAAAAUGAUCAAAAUAUGUGAUAAGUUAAUUGGCGUAUUCCUGGUGGAUAAACCUACACCAACGGAUUGGAGAAAAUUACUAGCUUUUAGCAGGGAAUGGGACAACAUAAGGCCUCAUUUCUUUAAACGCUGCCAGGAAAAAGCAGAUACAGAGCUGAACCCUGAGAUGAAGCACAAUCUUCUCAGACUUGGUAGAAAACUUAAAGAGAUUGAUGAAGAUGUACAGAGGCAUAAUGAACUUCUUGAAGUAGUAAAAUCCACACCAUCUGAUAAACUUGGUUCUAUUGUUGCUAAGCGGCGUAAAGAUUUCACAGUGGAAUUCUUCAACCACCUUUACUAUGUUGCAGAGUCUUGUCAUGAUGAACCAGAAAAGCAAACUGAGUUGGCAAAGCUUGGAAAUGAUUGUGUAGAUGCCCUACAAGCUCAUGAUGAUACAACAGGGAGCCUUGAAGCUUUGAAUGCUGCAGAAUUGAAGUUAAAAGAUAUACUUAAUUCACCUUCGGUGGAUGCUGCUUGCAGAAAGAUUGAUGACUUGGCUGAGAAAAAAGAACUGGACUCUGCACUAGUGUUGAUGCUUUCAAAAGCUUGGUCAGCUGCAAAGGGCACUGACAUCACGAAAUCUGAGGCAAAGGAUAUAAUGUUUCACCUAUAUAUGACUGCGGUGGCGAAUCUCCAGAGACAAAUGCCGAAGGAUAUAAGAAUACUGAAGCAUCUUAUAAUGAUAGAGGAUCCAGAAGAACGGUCAAGUGCACUUAAUGACGCUUUUACUCCUGGCCCUGAACUUCAAGGGGACAAUGUUGAUACAUUAUACACGAGUCCAGAGGCGCUGCACACUUGGGCAAGAGCUAUAGUUGAUGCAUAUUAUAACAGCAGAGAAGGCACUCUCAUUGGGCAAGCAAGAGACAUGAUGAAUCCUAAAAUCAUUAAGAGAGUCGAAGAGAUAGUGAAGAUAAUCAAGGACAAGUACCUUUAAGUUUUAGUCAUCAUAAAAUGGGGGUUUAACAUUUCUACUGAUUGUACAAGUCUUGUGCGAUGAUGGUCUUUUACAGGCUGCUCCCGUCAAAACUACUGCCAUCGUUCCAGUUGGAACUCCUCAGCACUGACGAAACAAUCAGUGUUUAAAGGAAAUGCAAGUUGUUGUAACUCAUUACAAUGAGAAGGUGUUUGUAGCAUGUGGUAUCAGUUUAGCUGCUACAUAGAUAUUAGCGGAGUACUUGUAGCUGUCCUGACUCUAACAGUGUUGUAACUGUACUAGUAUCGAACCAGGAGACAUGUAUGUGUCCAAGCAUUCUUGUAAUGAGCUAGUGAUCUCAAACAAUUCUACGGC